ACAGGUGUAAAACAAAUAAAAAUUAGAACUGAUAUUGUUUUUUUACUGAAAGUCAGUGAAGUAGAGUUAAUGACGCUGAUUCAAUAUCACUGCAAGCAAACUUGCAUCAUUUAGGUUACGUAUCUCAUUUUCCAUUUUUAGAGAUCAGUGGAUUCAUUCAUUCAACAAAUAACUUACUGAGUGGCUGCUGUGUUUUUGUGGUAGGCAUUGUCUUUGAAGGGUUAUGGUCUUUCUAGAGUGGAGGUUGAACAUCAAGCAUAUUGAUAGUUAAAGUAUUUCACCUUGCAGACCUCUGGGGAGAGAUUGCUUUGGAUUUAGAAGUUGUGCUCAUCUCAGGCAAACAAAAGCAGGAGUUGAUGGCACAUGACAAAAAGUUUUUUUCUUCACGGAAGCUAGCAAAAGGAGACAGAAAGGGGAAUACAAGCUCAUGGAAUGCUGUGUAAAUGCCCUGGUGACAUCAUUUAAAGAGACUAUCUUAGCGGAGUGCCAAGGCAUGAUCAAACGAAAUGAAACUGAAAAGUUACAUUUAAUGUUUUCGUUGAUGGACAAAGUUCCUAAUGGAAUAGAGCCAAUGUUGAAAGACUUGGAGGAACAUAUCAUUAGUGCUGGCCUGGCAGAUAUGGUAGCAGCUGCUGAAACUAUCACUACUGACUCUGAAAAAUAUGUUGAGCAGUUACUUACUCUAUUUAAUAGAUUUAGUAAACUCGUCAAAGAAGCUUUUCAAGAUGAUCCACGAUUUCUUACUGCAAGAGAUAAGGCAUAUAAAGCAGUUGUUAAUGAUGCUACUAUUUUUAAACUUGAAUUACCUUUGAAGCAGAAAGGGUAAGCUUUUUAUAACCAUAUUUUAAAAUACUUAAAAUUUUCAAAAUGUUUUAUGUGCUAGGUGUGCAGGGUUCCCUGUUACUCUUUUAGUCUU